AUGGGCGACGAGUACUCCGAAGAGUCGAAGCAACAAGGUGUCAAGCGUCCACAGGACGCUUCCGACGGUCCGGCCAACAAGAAGGCGCACUUCGGACAGGAGGAAGAGGGUGGCGACCAUCUCUCCAUCAAGAUCCUGAUCCCAUCCAGCGCCGUCGGUGCCAUCAUUGGAAAGGGUGGAGAGGCGAUGCGAAACCUGAAGACUGACAAUAAUUGUCGCGUUCAAAUGAGCAAGAACAGCGAGACGUAUCCAGGAACUUCGGAGCGCAUCUGUCUCGUCAAAGGACGUCUCAACAACAUUAUGUCGGUCAUCGAGUCGAUUCAAGACAAGAUCCGCGAGAAGUGCGCUGAUCAGGCUGGCAGCGACGCUUUCGAUCAUAAGAACACCUCUCGUGGAAAUGAGAUUAAGAUCGUUAUGCCGAACACCUCUGCUGGUAUGGUUAUUGGAAAGUCUGGUGCCAAUAUCAAGGAUAUUCGUGAGCAAUUCGGGUGCCAGAUUCAAGUCUAUCCAAAGGCCGGAUCUGUUGAGGCGAAGACCUCGUUGGAGAGAGUUGUCACUGUCGCUCAUGACGAGUCUGGGGCUCUUCUUCAAGCAGCUUCCCGUGUUCUCGAGAAGGUCGCUUCAGACCCCCAUCACUCUUCUGAAAUCAACAAAGAAGACUUUGGCAAGGCACCCUCCAGCAACACGCCAUCCGGCGGUAACCAAUCCUCAAACGCUCCGUUCCAACAGGCUCCGGCGUUCAACGGUGGCGGCGGUCAAGGUGGAAUGAACGUCGGAUCCGCCGGAUUCGGUGGCGGACAAGGUGGCGGUGGAUACGGAAACCAGGGGCAGUUUGGAGGCGGUGGCGGCGGUGGACCACAGUUUGGAAAUGGGAAUCCGAAUGCAAAGUAUCCGAUGAAUGGGUUGGGUAAUAAUGAGUUGCUCUCGUUCUUGGACAACUUGCAAUCCACACUUCGUACGUCCGGAUUCAAUGAGCAAAGUGUGUCGGAGGUCAUGCAGGCUAUGCAGGUUCUCGCCAAGUACAACAUCAUGGGUCUCGGCCUUGGCCUCGGUGUCGCCGCGAUGGCUCAAAUGCGUACCGGACAGGAGUCGCAGAUUUCGUCCAACCACGGAUCGGCUGGCUUCGGCGACGGAUACGGUGGCAAUCCGGGGGUGCAAGGAGGUGUCCAAGGGGGUCAAGGAGGGCAGGGAGAUCAGUCUUACUGGCGUCGCUGA